GCAAGGAGAGCUAUAAGACGUGGAUUUCUACUCUGGUAGGGCUAAAUAUACAAGUGUCUUUUCCUACCUCCCGGGCUGCGUGUAAGACAUGACAGUUCGUUUAUAGAACAUGAAUGAACUUGAUGAGUGAUGAGCCACCUGCAAAAGCAUUUUUAUAACUGGUUGUACAACAGCUCACGCAGGCUUCGAUGAGUUUAUAACAUACAUAGAUACGAGUGAAAAAUAUCUUUCCAUAAAAGCAUCGAGUCUCUAUAAACUGCUUGACUUGGGUGAAACAAUAUAUUUUAGAAAAGAAUGACUUUGGUAAAGGAAUGUGAAUAUUAAGUGUUCAUGAUGAAAUGUCAACUAGAUUUUGUGGUUUUCACCUUUGUACUGCUGUUCUACCGUUCUGUCAGUGGACUUUGUCCGUAUAGAUGUCAGUGUGACGAGGAGAGGCUUACUGCAAUUUGUGAUGAUGCGAAAUUGGAUGUAGUGCCCAUCACUCUGAACCCUGACCUACGGGAGCUGCACUUAGAGAAGAAUAGCAUAAAAGGCAUAAUGUCGGCUUUUAAUGUUUACCGUAAUCUGGAAUAUCUAGAUAUGAGUGGAAAUCAGUUAGUUACUUUAGGAAGGAACAAUUUUGAACGUCAACAAAAACUUCAAAUUCUUCUUCUUGGCUAUAAUAUGAUUUCGUCUUUGCAGCGAAUGACAUUCUUUGGUCUGAACUCACUGCAUAUCUUGAAAUUGACGGGAAAUUUUAUCCAACAACUUCCCGAACAGGUCUUCAGUGAGUUAUCGAGUCUCGAAGUUUUAGAUUUGUCCGAAAAUAGCAUUUCAACCAUUUCCAACCAUGCCUUUAUUGGAUUAGCAAGAAUAAAAAUCCUUUUACUUCGAGAAAACAAGGUAAUGCAGAUUCCUAAAGCAGCUUUUGGGCCCUUACCUCAUCUUAUAAGCUUGGAUUUGGGUCUGAAUUCUUUUCCUUUGGUUGAAGACUAUGUAUUUUCUAAUCUGUUGGGACUAGAAACGCUAAAGCUGGACAGCUGCGGAAUUCGUGAAAUACGCAAGCACGCAUUUUCGGCACUUAAACAUCUUACUGAUCUUUUACUUCAAGAUAACUUGCUUAACGUUAUCCCCACUGAAGCUUUUCGUUAUCUAAAAUCAGUACGAGAACUUCAAAUCGGUCAAAAUAACUUUAGAAAAAUUCAAGCAAAUGCAUUUACGGGCCUGAUGAAUCUGCGUUCUCUUGUUAUAAAUAGCGCUCCGUUGUUGAAGAGGAUAGAAAAUGAUGCUUUCUCAUGCAACGACAAUUUACAGCAUAUAGCCAUGAACCAUAAUAAAAAACUAAGUUAUAUCGGAAAAGAUGCAUUUACCUCUCUGCCAUUCCUUCGUACUGUUAGCCUUCGAGAUAAUGCAUUUCACACACUACCUGCUGAAAUUCUCCCUUGGCAAAAUUUGGAACAUUUUGACAUACGUGACAAUCCACUGGUGUGCAACUGCAGCAUUUCUUGGCUUUUACGUUUAUUACAGAACUUUAACUAUUCAAAUCAUGUUGAUCCUGAUGUAACACUAAUUACAUGUGAGACUCCACCCCUCCUACGUGAUAUAUUGUUGAAAGACUUAACUCCAGAAGAUUUAGGCUGUUAUAUAUCUGAAAUGCAGAAGAUUAUGACAUGGACGUUCGCAACGGUGGGAAUUUUGAUUAUUGUUCUGAUUGUGAUAGUUCUGUGGUAUCGACAAAAGGUGGCUAACGAUCUUAAGAUUAAGUGCAGCACCAGCUUAUCCGAGUCACAGUUUGAUACCAGAUAUGGCCAGGAAACCUUAAGGCAAGGUCUUACCCCAGAAAGGGAGUGGAUUGUAAAGAUCGGCAGAGAACCAUACCCAGGAAGGCUGGUUUAACUUUCUUCCAAAUGUUUAUAUAAACACAGUUCGCGUUCUGUACUUUUUGUCUUGCCUUUUACAAAUUCCAAACCAAAUUAAAGUUUCCAUUUUAUUUAUUUUUGCCAUUAUGCCACUCAUCCUCCAAUAUUAGUUUGCUCUAUUGAAAUAGAUAUGAAAGAAAAUAAUUUAAUCAAGAAUUCGAGAAAAACCCCAGACAAAGCUUUACUUAGCAGUUUCCGUAUCAACAGUCACUUAUUUUGUAUUUAAGAUUUCAUUCGCCAAGAGGAGCUGAUAUAAUUAAUAAAGUGAGCUGGUUGCCUGUGAUGUAUAUGGUACUGACUGAUCAAGCUUCUUUCUUGAAAAGACUAAAUCUUUUAUAAAGUGUCGUCACUCGUUCAUUGGAAAAGAUAAUAUAACGAUUUAUUUGAAAAUAAUUAUGGUACCAAUACUAUUCUCCUGGAAACUACUUGGUGUGAGAUGUAUGAAUUUCUAUUUCAAAUUCCUCUUGGUCCUUGUACGUCAGCAGAAUUCGAGCAACAAUAUAUGUGAACUUAAUUUUCUUACAUUUGCGCUUUUGUAAACAGGUUUGUAUUCAAGCUGUUUGUAGUGAAGCUUUAUUGGAGAAUAUGACUGGUAAUUGAUUAUUAACUUACUGUAACGUGUUUUCUUCCAUAAGGAGUUAAAUAUAAAUGACAUAUAUUUCAAAGUUAUAUAUCUGCACAGACCACGUUUCUAAUAAGAACGAAACGGAAUUUCUGAGAGUUACCAAAAGACGAGCCAUAAACGCUACUGUAGAGUUAGGGCAGCAUCUAUAAACUUUAGCAAUAUCGCCCAUGUUUUUGUUGAUGAGAAUACUUUGUACAGAAAGAUGAACAUAAAACUGAGAUUGUACUCGGUACGAGGCUGAAGGAGUCAUUUUUCAUUUAAACAAACUUUUCUUCUGUUAGAUGUAAGUAAGGUCAUGUACAUACAUUUUAGAAUAAUGAACUUUCUAAGAAUUUCUGGAAUAUAUCCUCCCAUUUCUAAACAUUGAAAAUAUUAUACAGUUUGAUCUCAUAUAUAACAAAGAGUAUAAAGGUAUAUAAUAUUCUCUGCUGUUAUUAUUAAUGAAUAUCCGUCUUUAUGCCAUGCUGUGAGCCAUAAUGCUACAUUUGGAUCUAUACUUAAUUUUUGUAUGUAUCUGUGUAUUAUAAAUAAAAUUGUUUCUGAAAUCA